CAUUAUGUAUGCCUUAAGGGUCCCUCCACUAAUUCUUUAUUCCUUGUCUCUCUCUCUCUCUUUCUCUUCUGCCUGUUCUAUAAAAUCCAGUUACUUAUCUUACUUUUUCUGUGUCUCUAAGACUUAAAACCAUGGAGCUAAUUCCCGGUCUUCCUUACGACAUCGGACUCGAAUGUCUUAUCCGCGUCCCAUACGAUAAUUUCUCGUCCUUUACAUCCGUCUGCCGAAAUUGGAAACUCCAAAUUGGGCUUCCAGAGUUUUGGAAGCUAAGAAGAGCUACUGGCUUCACCCGCCAAGUAAUUUUAAUGGCCCAAGCCCGAAUUGAUGACCCGAAAAUAAAACUCGGGUCAUCCAAAUACUUAGCUUUUCCAGUUUACAGGCUAACGCUUUAUGAGCCGGAUUCGGGUUAUUGGGCCGAAUUACCACCGCUUCCUGGCAACUCCGAUGGACUGCCGAUGUUUUGCCAGCUUGUCGGAGUUGGGUUGAGCUUAGUGGUAAUUGGCGGCUGGAACCCUAUUACUUGGGAGCCUUCUAACGCCGUUUUUGUUUAUAACUUUGUGACUGCCACGUGGCGACGGGGAGCUGAAAUGCCAGGUUGCCGGAGAUCGUUUUUUGGCUGUGCGUCGGAUUCUGAACGGACGGUGUACGUUGCAGGUGGGCAUGACGAGGAGAAGAACGCACUUAAAUCGGCGAUGGCGUAUGACGUGGCAAGUGAUGAGUGGGUCCGUAUGCCUGACAUGGCUAGCGAACGAGAUGAAUGUAAAUGCACUUUUUCUGAAGGGAAAUUCCACGUCAUGGGCGGAUAUGACACGAGCAUGCAAGGACGGUUUGGGACAACUGCCGAGUCAUUUAACAUUUCCACGUGGCAGUGGGACCCAGUCAAUGAAAAUUUCUUUGACUCUGCCACGUGUCCGAGAACUUGUGUUGAGGGUGGUGACGGAAAAUUGUACUUGUGCCGCGACGGUGAUUUACUGGCACUCCGAGAUUCCACGUGGCAAGUUGCGGCAGCGAUUCCGGCGGAACUCCGGAACGUAGCCUUUGUGACAGCGUGGCGGGGCAAAAUUCUGAUGACUGGUUCUAUGGGAUUUAAUGAGCCCCAUAACACUUAUAUUCUGGAUUUACAGAAUUACAAGUGGACAAAAAUGGAUACUCCGGUAAACUUCUCCGGCCAUGUUCAAUCUGGCUGUUGCCUCGAGAUGUAACAUUUUUAAGGUUCUACCACUUUGUGUUUAUUAUUGUACAGUUAGAAAAUUAGAAAGAUUUUGCAUAUAGUAUUUCAUUUGCCAACUUGAGUAAGUGUCAAAUUUGCCACCAUACCAUUUGCAUAUAGUAUUUCGUUAUAGUGAAUGUAAUUUUGACCUGCCUUUUAGAGAAAAAUCUGGUUGUGCUUGACCCCUGA